AUCAAACCCGCAAAGCAGGCUAGGAACGACCUCUUUUGCCUCUGCAAUCAUGGCGACUCAAAUCAGUAAAAAACGAAAGUUUGUAGCUGAUGGGAUAUUCAAGGCUGAAUUAAAUGAGUUUUUAACUCGUGAGCUUGCAGAAGAUGGUUACAGUGGAGUUGAAGUACGUGUUACACCUAUAAGAACUGAGAUAAUUAUUCUUGCCACACGAACUCAAAAUAUCUUGGGUGAGAAAGGACGUAGAAUUCGCGAACUUACGUCUGUGGUACAAAAACGGUUCAACUUUCCUGAAGGCACAGUUGAGUUAUACGCCGAAAAGGUGGCCACUCGUGGACUAAGUGCUAUCACACAAGCAGAGUCUUUGAGAUAUAAAUUGCUUGGUGGCUUAGCCGUAAGAAGAGCUUGCUACGGCGUUCUUCGUUACAUCAUGGAGAGUGGGGCUAAAGGAUGCGAAGUCGUCGUGUCUGGAAAGCUACGUGGACAACGAGCGAAAUCUAUGAAAUUUGUUGAUGGAUUAAUGAUCCACAGUGGUGAACCAACGAAAACUUACGUUGACUUCGCUGUACGACAUGUGUACCUGCGACAAGGUGUCCUUGGUAUCAAAGUGAAAAUAAUGUUGCCAUGGGAUCCAACUGGAAAGAACGGACCGAAGAAACCACUUCCUGAUCAAGUCAGCAUUGUUGAACCGAAGGAAGAAGUUACACCAACUGGCCCUUCUUCCGAACACAAAGGUGGCAAGCCCGAACAGCCUGCACCUAUAGCCACAUAGAUACGAUCUCAAGUUUACAUGCAUCUUUGAAUGGCAGCUUUGUAAAAUUUAUUGAGGAAUAAAACGAAGAAAUCUUGAA